AAGUGCUACGCAACGUGCAGAGCAGAAACAGAGUAGAAACAAGUAGAGUAGAAACAGAAUAGAAACAGAAUCAAACUUGUGCAAAUUAUGAGUCCGGAAGAAUACGUUUCUUUUGAUGAUUUGCAACAAGCCAAAGUAAUAAGUUUAAUUGAUGAGUUUCAAGAUGAUUUAAAACGUAUGUCUGGAAAAUGUAUGGACAUUGGUUGUGGCCCCGGAGAUAUAACAACAGAUAUCCUUCUGCCGACUCUACAUCCAAAAGCAGUAAUAUUAGGUACCGAUAUUUCAAAGAAUAUGAUCGAAUUUGCAAACAAAGAAUAUAGUAAGGAAAAACGACUUAAAUUCGAAAUAUUGGAUGCCGAAACUAAAAGUUUGCCUAAAAAAUAUAUUUCUGAAUUUGAUCAUAUAUUCUCAUUUAAUGCUUUGAAUUGGUGUGAGGACAUUCAACAAACAUUUCAAAAUAUUUAUUGUAUGCUUCGUCAUGGUGGAAAUAUACUUAUGCUUAUAGUAGCAACUCAUGAUAUAUAUGAAGUUAUGAAAAUUAUGGCUCAAGAUAGUCGUUUCAAACCAUAUAUACCGAAUGUCAACAAAUAUGUUUCACCGUUUAAUGAUUCAGCCGAACCUCGUAACAAACUAAGGAAAUUACUUGAAAAGCUUGGAUUUAAGAUUCACCAUUGCAGUCUUCGAGAAACGACAUAUUCCUCUAAGAAUUCAAGUAAUUUUUAUCUUCGAUAAUAUCCAUCUAUCCAUUUCUGGAUCAAAUGUCACCUGAUCUGAGAAAAGAAUUCAAGAAU